CAAAAAGAAAGAAAGAAAAUUCGUUGUAAAAUUUCACCGGGAAAACUUGCUUCGGCAUGGUGUACUUUUCGCCGAACAACAAAAUUGUUCCUCCAUACUUCUCUGUGGCCACAUAUAAGGGAACGACCAAAGUCACCCUGACCCAGUACCGCCAUUAACGCGAAGCUCCCAUCUUUGAGCUUUCUGGGCCAUCUUCCGGCCGCUUCCCCAAUGUGCAAUUCAAGAAAAAGCACUGAAAUCCGCCAUUCUUCCAGAACCACCAAGCCGUCUUCUUCUUUCUCUUCUUCCUCUUCUUUCCCGAAUCCUUCUUAUUAUAAUUCAGCCACUCACUCCUCCAACUCCAGAUCGAAUUUCGACGCCUCCAAAUCUUCCUCCUCCAGCAAAGCCUCUCUCGCCAGCCUCCGCGACUCUUUACCCGAAAACGCCACCAUUUACGACGUAUCUGAAAUUUCUAGAGCUACCCACAAUUUCUUGCUCAAGCCCUUCUCCUCUUCAUCCACUUCCACCUCCUGGCGCUGCACGAUUCGCGGCAGGGACGCCGUCCUUUUCCAGCGGAAGCUCCGCCGCGCAAUUGAGUUGCCCGAAUUGCAGCAAAGGUUAUUGACGAUAUGCCGCAGUCACUACAGCAGCCUGGUUAAGCUUCUGGGCGCCACCAUCUCCGGCAGGUACAUCUAUCUGGUCUAUGACUACGUCCCUGGAUCCAGUUUAGCUAAUUGUCUCCGGAACCCUCAAAACCCGAGCUUCACGGUGCUCUCCACUUGGCUCUCCCGGAUGCAGAUCGCUACUGAUGUAGCCCACGGCCUCGAUUACGUCCACCAUUGCUCAGGUCUGAAUUUCGUGCAUAAUCAUGUGAAGAGUUCGAGCAUUUUGGUCACUGAGACGACUCUGAAUGCGAAAAUCUGCCAUUUUGGAACUGCGGAGUUGUGUGGGGAGAUAGAUCAUUCCGAUCUUGAGUCAAAGCCGAAAUCUAGUAGCAAAUCGUCGGGAACUAGAAGGUCGAAAAUAGAAGGAACCAGGGGAUACAUGGCGCCUGAGUUUCAGGCUAAAGGUGUGUUGACACAGAAAUGUGAUGUUUAUGCAUUUGGAGUUGUGAUUCUGGAGCUGCUUUCUGGUUUGGAGGCGUUGAGGUAUGAGUUUGAUGAAGGCGGUGAAGGGGUUAGGAGAAUCAGUGUUAUUGAGAUGGCUAGAGAGGCGGUGGCCGGUGGUGGUGCUGGGGUGAGGAGAUGGGUUGAUAGGAGGUUGAAGGAUUCAUAUCCGGUGGAUGUGGCGGAGAAGAUGGUGUUGAUGGCGUUGGAAUGUGUGGAGGAGGAUCCUGAGAAGCGACUGGAUAUGGAGAAGGUUGCUGUCAAGGUGUCUAAGUUGUACCUGGAAUCAAAGAAUUGGGCUGAGAGGAUCUGCGUGCCAGCUGAUUUCUCAUCUUCAUUGGCUCCCAGGAUGACAAGGAGAUAGAUCCCAGAAUGUAAUGGGUUGACGUUAUCUAACCAGAACGGCAGAGUCGAUCAUUAAAGAAAGAAGAAGGAUGGUUUGAGGGUGCAACACAUAUUAUUGUCAUACUUCCAUAUAGAAUAUUGGGUGAGCGACUACUUCCAGGAAUGGAAUCUCUGACCAAGUCAAACCAAGAAAUAUCAGUUUUCCUGCAGUGUGCACUGAACCAGAGUUCUCUUCAACUGUCAACUUCCCAUGCACGAUAUCAUCUUGUGGAACAAAACUGAUGACUCUUGUACGAGUGUGGAAGGAUUGACAUUUUGCAUUGAUAAGACUCAUACCAGACAUUUUAUAUCCUGUUGUCUUCCCAGCUAGAGCAGAGAGGAAGUUAGUCUUCCCAGCUCCUGAUGGACCCAUGACAGAUGUAUAAUACACCCUGGCUUGAUUUUCCCAGCUUCUUUGAAUGAAGCCUCUCUUUUCUUGACUUGGUGGUUAGCAGUCCUGAGAAGAUGUUGAACUUGCAUGACAGUCAGGCUCCAUGUCAAGUUGAUACAUCAAAUGGACACAAUGAGACUAUUCCUUUUUCUUUCCAAUUUCUGGGGGUAAAGGAAGGCGAUGGAUAUGCUAUGGGUAUGAAUUAUCAUCUUCCAUCAAAUGUUCGAGAGAGCUGAUGAACUUGAGAAUUUUCAUUUCCCUUCCCAAAUGGUGGUGUACAGGAUCCAGAUGGAUGUCGAACUCUUGAUCGCCCAGUAAGAUAUUCAUCACCAUUAUCUUCAUCAAUCUUGGCUUCCUUCAAAAUCACAGGUAGCUCUGCUGGUGCAGAAUGUUUCUUCCUGGAGAUGUUUCAAAGAGCUGAGCCUGCAAUCCACCAGCACCUUCUGCAGAUUUCCAUCUUUGACAUGCUAUCGCUGUUUCGCCAGCACUAUUUGCUGCCAAGUCCUAACCUUGGAACAACUGCAACUGGGAGGAUCUAACUCGGGUCUGGACAUUUGUUGUGGAAGAACGACGGUGGCUGUUUCAGGCAGUCAUAACUAACCAAGGCCUAUGUGAUGGCGGCUGGGAUGGUGACGAUAACAAGGUGCAGAAAGAAGGAAAAAAAAACAUCUUUAUCCCAAGUAUAAUCCUGCGAUACUUCUAUAAAUUCCCCCCCUGCCUCUGCCACUGCCACAGCUGGAUGUAGCCAUCGAUUCUACCUAUAAGUUGUACAACUGAUAAUAAGCAACCACAUUGUACGCGUACAGCAUGGAAAAUAUCAAAAUUCUCACGUCGAUCUUCCCGCCCUCUAAUUCCUUCUCGACAAACCCUAUUUCGUCCUCCAUAAAUCACACUAUGAUUCUCAGAAACCAAACAGAGACAGACAGAAGAAACGAGGAGGAGGAAGAAGAAACCAAACAAUGACCAGAUUCAGAUUAACCCCUCCUCCUCCUCUGCUUCUUCUUCUUCUUCUUCUUCCCCUCCUGAUUUUCUCUGCAACUUCUCAACAACCCAUCGAACAGAACCUGGAAAGAGACGCCAUUUUCCAGCUGAAAGCCAGCUUGAACAACUCCUUCCUCAACACCAACUGGACCGGCCCACAGUGCCCUUCCGAUGACUUCCCGGACAAAUGGUCGGGAAUCGAAUGCAACGUUGACGGCCGAGUCACCGGCAUUUCCUUACCGAGCAUGGGCCUCGCCGGCCCAUUAAUCUCCCGCGGGUCCUUCCUCGCCUUCUCCGAACUCACCACCCUCGUGCUCCGCAACAACUCCUUAACGGGCCGGAUCAUGGACUUCAGCUCCAACCAGAAGAUCCAACAAAUCGACCUGUCACACAACAGACUCCACGGCCCAAUCCCAGUUUCCAUGGUCCGUCUCCUUUCCCUGCAAUCUCUGCUCCUUCAAAACAACUUCCUCACGGGGACGAUCCCGGCGUUUAACCAAUCAACCCUCAAUUCCUUCAAUGUUUCCAAUAACGACAUCGCCGAAGCAAUUCCGGCGACGGAGCGGCUCAAAUCGUUCGGCGCAGACUCGUUCGCCAACAAUCCGAAGCUCUGCGGGCCCCAGGCCUCGCACCCUUGCGUUUCCGUUACAGAGAAUGAGACGGCGGGGGGAGGAGCAAGCACGGGAUCGAAAAAGGGUUCUUCUCAAAUGUCG